GCCGCCGCGGUUAACUCGGCCUUUUGGGCGCCCGUGACUCUCGCUGCCGGAAUCUCUGCUGGCCCGUGGCUCUCCCGCCCGGACCCGCACCCACGAUGCUGGCGCUUCGCUGCGGCCCCCGUCUGCUCGGCUCCCUCUCCGGCCCGCGCUCCGCGCACCUGCGCCUACCCGCGGCCCGCGCUUGCAGCAGCGGCUCCCGAGACCCGUCCUCUUCCUCCCGGAACCCGCUCGUGUACCUGGACGUGGGCGCCGACGGGCAGCCGCUCGGCCGCGUGGUGCUGGAGUUGAAGGCAGAUGUCGUCCCAAAGACAGCAGAGAACUUCAGAGCCCUGUGCACCGGGGAGAAAGGCUUCGGCUACAAAGGCUCCACCUUUCACAGAGUGAUUCCGUCCUUCAUGUGCCAGGCCGGCGACUUCACCAACCACAACGGCACAGGGGGGAGGUCCAUCUACGGGAGCCGCUUUCCUGACGAGAACUUCAAACUGAAGCACAAGGGGCCAGGUGUCCUGUCCAUGGCAAAUGCAGGCCCCAACACUAACGGCUCCCAGUUCUUCAUUUGCACCAUAAAGACAGACUGGCUGGAUGGCAAACAUGUCGUGUUUGGCCAUGUCAAAGAGGGCAUGGAUGUCGUGAAGAAAAUAGAAUCUCUCGGCUCCAAGAGUGGGAAGACAUCCAAGAAGAUUGUCAUCACGGACUGUGGCCAGGUGAGAUAACCUGCCAUGGCCAGGGCUCUAGGCCAGUGGCAGCUGCCGGCAACAGUGAGUUGACUCACCCAGGCGGCCGCCUCGGGCUCCCAGCG